AUGGGCGUUCCGCCAGGUUCGCAGGCAGCUCCACUUCCGAGCAAUCUGCCCUUUCGACUCGUCUCCAAGACGAUUGGGUCCGGCGCAUAUGCAUCGUGCGUAUCCAACCCUUCUGCAGGAUGGUCACACAUCCGUUGGACAACAGACGUCGCUGACAAUCAAUUGCCAAUAGANAUUCGCAAGGCAGUGCCCAAGGACAAGCCGAAACCCAUCAUCGCCGUCAAGUUUAUCAACAAAGAGCAUGCCUUCAAAGUAGGCCGGUUACGGCCCAAGCAGAUCGAGCUCGAGAUCAGUCUGCAUCGCCAGGUGUCGGGCCAUGCCAACAUAAUCCGCUUCCUGUCGCACGGCGACGACCAAUCGUGGAUCUGGAUCGCCAUGGAGCUGGCCGAGGGUGGCGACCUGUUCGACAAGAUCGAGGCCGACGAGGGUGUGGGAGAGGACAUUGCGCACUUCUAUUUCAAGCAGCUCGUCAAUGCCAUCGCCUGGUGUCAUGGCAAGGGCGUUGCGCAUAGAGACAUCAAGCCCGAGAACAUGCUGCUGACGGCCAAUGGCGACCUGAAGCUGGCCGACUUUGGUCUUGCCACGGCCUUCCUCAACCCCAAGACUGGAGACUCGAAAAUGUGCGGUCUGGUCUGUGGCAGUCCACCCUAUAUUGCCCCUGAGAUCAUCCAGGUCGGUCACGCAAAUCAAAAGAGGAAGCAUGGCGAGGACAAAUUUGGCUACUGCCCGAACAUCUCGGACAUUUGGAGCUGCGCCAUUGUGCUGUUUGUACUGUUGGUCGGCAACACUCCUUGGGACCAGCCCGAGCCACGGAAGAGCGAGGAAUUCUACCAUUUUUGCGAGACACAAGGCCGUCCUGAAGAUGAGCUUUGGGAGAAGAUACCAUCCGAGGCAUUGAGUCUGCUGAGAGGUAUGCUCAAGGUCGACGUACUCGAACGAUUCAAGCUGGACGACAUCCGCAUCCAUUCAUGGUACACGCGUCCGAACAAGUUCAUGAAUCCAAAGGGCACCGUCUCCGACUCGGUCAGUCUAGCUACCAACAUGAUCGAGCGCCUACACAUCGACUUUACCACGGUACCUGAUUCGUCACAGAGCCAGGAGCAACCCAAACAGGUCGAGUCGCAGCCCGCACCUGCCCUCAUGUCCACACAACCUGUAACUCCGGCCUUUGACCAACCUUUCGAUUGGGAAGCUCCACCCCGCCUGGCAGGUCUCACAGCCUCCCAGCCCGUAACAGCACAUGAUUCUUCCCGUGUCGCCAUGACCCACGACCUCAUCGCCGCUCAACUCUCGCAAGAACCGCACAUGACCCAGUUCAGCCAAAGCCACAACGUACCCCUAUCCCUAACACAAAACGCCCGCCGCUUCCGCGACAUUGUCCCCGCACAGUCCCUUGCGCGUUUCUACUCUUACCAAGCUUUACCUCAGCUACUGGGCACCGUACGCAGCGCCUUGCACACACUCAAUGUACCCAUACACGCCGCCACUGCCGCCGACGACAAGGCGAAACAGGCCUACAUACGCAUCCGUAUGAGUGAUGGCCGCAAGCAGGGGCUCAGCGGGAACGUCGUGCUCGAGUCCAUUGCCGAAGAUGGGCUUGUCGAGGUCAGAUUCGUCAAGGCAAAGGGCGAUCCGCUCGAGUGGCGCAGAUUAUUCAAGCGAGUCGCUGUGCUGUGUCGCGACGCGAUCCUCAUGCCUAGAGAGUAA